CACGCCAGGGAGCGGAUAUCACACGACGGAAUGGCUCGCAUCUUCUUGGCUGAGUUUCUGCUCCAUCUUUCGUUAUUCACGGGCACGCUGAUGACCGCGACGUCGCUGAAGCUCCUCGACGUUCAGAUACCACGGACAGUCAAAGAGGGCGAAGCGGUUCGGCUGACCUGCGCUUAUGACCUGGGGGGAGAACUCCCCUACUCAACCACGUGGACCAAGAACGGCGGGGUGUUCUACCAAUCUACUCAAUCCGGCGGAAAGUUGUCCCCGUUCUCCGGAGCUGAUGUGAACCUGCACCAAAGUAGCGCCUCAUCCGUGCUACUUGAAAACGUGACCAAGGAGUUGGAAGGACAGUACGCCUGCGAAGUUUUCACCGCAGCACCACAUUUCCACCUCGUCAGAGGAAGCGGGCCAAUCAGCGUCGUCGAAAAACGAGAUGCCACGAGUGCGGGUGACCUUCGACUUCUCGGUCUGGGUGUGCCAGCGUACGCCCGGUUGGGAGGCAGCGCCAGGCUGCACUGCCUCUUCAAGCUCGGGAGUGCACCACUAUACUGCGUCAAGUGGUACAAAGAUAAUCACGAGUUCUUUCGCUACCUCCCGAGCGAGAACCCGCCCAAGAAGAUUUUCCCAAUGAGAGGGCUUACGGUAAACGUUGCGGAAAGUGACCAGUUCUCGGUGCUUCUGGAACAACUGACUUUGCACAGCGGGGGAGCAUACCGGUGCGAGGUCGUCACUGAAGCUCCUACCUUUGAAGUGGUGACCGGGGACGAGAUCCUUAACGUGACAGCUCCGCCGAAGGUGGGUCCAAAGAUAAGAGGCGCCCAGACGCAUUACAACAUAGGCGACACCGUGGACAUCGCCUGCGUUUCCCUCGGGUCCAGGCCAGUGGUCAACUACAGUUGGUACCUCAAUGGGCUUCCCCCCGAUCCGACGAACUCCGAGAUCAGCAACCUGGCAACUCCGACCGUCGAAGGCCUCGACUCUUCUGUCAGCAGACUCCGCUUCAAGAUCAGUGACGACCUAUUUAUCAAUGGAACAGUCUCCAUCAAAUGCGUGGCUAGCAUUCCCAACGUGUACAUAGGGUCCGACGAGAAGGUCGUUCACCAAAGGUCUGAUGGUGCAGAUGCUACAACGCCAACCAAGAGUGCUGACGACGAGUGCCUUUCCAAGUUGAUUUCAAUCAUUAGGAAAGUAUGGGCUUCCUAUCGGUAAAAACAUAUAUAUGCCCCGUUUCACUGUAAGUUCGACCGUAGCCGACUCCACAAUCUGAUGGAACCAACCAAGCAGAGUUAAAAGUGUAUUUUCACGGCGCUCCUUGUCUUGUGUGUAUGCCAUCACCAACUGAAUGCAUUACCCCCACUUCACAGCACGGAAAGGCGACAAAACGCCACAUUUUGCGGUGGCCACUUUGUAGGGGUAGUUACGUAUGCCCGACGAUGCCGGCCUCUACGGUAUUUCUUUUAACAGCGGGAGCUGCGUUUGCCUGCUUUUACUUGACGAGAGCGCGUGCAUAGAAGGCCCGCUCAACGUGUUGUGCUUGCUCCUGUAGAUUCUCUUCUAUUCAUGUUUGUAGCGAAACAGAGUAUAAAUAAGAGGGGUCGUCAGAUUCCAGUGAA